GCUGUAUACUAAGUAUUAUUGAUCUGUUCUUUCAAGACGCAACUCAAAGACCACACUCCAGUCGUCCUCGUCGACAUGCAGCGGUCGGCCUAAUGCACCCACUAACGUAGUCACGGCUUCCCGAGUCGCCAGACGCACCGAUGGGUGCUUGUGAACUGUGAAACCUGUCUGCUUUGCAGCGGCUACGAAGUGUGACGCUGUGCAUUUGCUUACAUUACAUGUACCUUCACAAGUAGUUCGGCAUGGAUCCAUGGACAGCAGUGCCAUCGACUUGGGUCCAGGACGAAGCACAGAGCGAAUCGUCUCGAGAAGAGGGACGUGCAGAUCUCGCCCCAGCUGUGUGAUCUCACUGCCGAGCAUGGUGUCGAACUUGUGAGCAAAAGGCACGAUAGACUCGGCGACACCCCAUUCCAGCUCCCCGCUCGAGACGAUGGCGGAGGAUCCGUCAGCCUCACGCUCUUCCCAAAUGUGUUGGUUCUUCGCGAUGUUUCUCGCCAGCAGAUCAGGAAACUCGUCUGUCAAGACGGUUGUUUUGGCACCUAGCGAGGCGGCGACCAGUCCGCACAGACCACAGCCAGCCCCGAGCUCGAUCACAUCGCGUUCCCGAACCACCUCCUGAUCGUGCGUCUCCAGGAAUUCGCAGAGGACCAGCGCGCCCGCCCACACUUCGCCGCCUAGACCGUCAACUUUGGUAGUGUCCUGCACCACGCGAACGCAGACAUCGUUGCGCAGGCGGAAGGCGGCCUCGUGCUCCUGUUGCUUUGAUCUGGUCAUCUUUGCCAAUCAACACAACACACGAAAAGGCAACUCCCUCGACUCACUGACUUAGGACACUAUAUCGAGGAAAAUUAUUGCUUGGCGAAUGGGUGGAGGCGCUGACAACAUCUAAAAGACACACUCGCACUCUACAUCUUCUCGCGGCCGGGGCUUUAAAUUUGCAGCACUAGAGCUGGUAAGUCAUGGAGGCUGUGAACGCGUCCCGCCCGGAUGUGAUCGGCAAGCUGCCGCAGCUGCAGAACAUGGUCAAACGCGACCCGGUGGGCUACCGCACCGAGUUCCUAAUGCAACUACGUCACUUCGAGAGCGAGUAUCAACUGUUCCUGCUGCAGCCCACGAAGGAGUCGGCGCACUUUGGUGCGCUUGUGAGCUUCCUGAGUCAUGUGGCUAAAUGUUACCCUACGGAGAUGGCGGCCUUCCCCGAACAGAUCAUGGGACUGCUGCGCGACAACUACCUGGUGCUGGAGCCGGAGCUGCGCAAAACGCUUGUGCAGAGCCUCAUGCUGCUGCGUAACCGUGGCCUUGUGGACGCCAUCACGCUGCUCAAGCUCUUUUUCGAGCUAUUUCGUUGCCCGGAUAAACGGCUGCGCGAGUUAUUGUACAAACACAUUGUGUCGGACAUCCGCCAACUCAAUGCCACGUCGCGCAACGUAAAGGUGAACAAAGCGCUGCAGAACUUCCUAUUUGAGAUGCUCAAAGACGAGAGCGAACACGCCGCCGUCAAGUCGCUGCAGGUGCUGAUGGAGCUCUUCAAGCGCAAGAUCUGGCACGAUCAGCGCAGUGUUAACGUUAUAGUUACGGCAUGCACGAGUAAAAACACGAAGCUGCUGGUGAUGGCUCUCAGUUUCUUUUUGGGAAUCGACGAGGAUAUUUUGGAGGACGAAGAGCAGCAGAAAAAGGAGAAAAAGGCUCUCGUGGCUGUAGACUUUCACGCUCACUCGAAGAAGACGAAGAAGCGUCAGCGUGACACUCUGCAAGCACUUAGCAAGAACAAGCGAGCACGCAAGCGUGAACUCGACUUCAUGGCUACCUUCCCUGCGAUCGAAUUGCUGAAUGAUCCACAGGGCGUCGCUGAGCGCCAGUUGAAGCUGCUCAAGAGCUGCACGGAGCGUUUUGAGGUGAAGCUCCUGAUGAUGAACUUCAUUGGUCGCGUUUUGGGCUUCCACAAGCUUGUGGUCCUUCCUUUCUACCCUCUACUGCAGCGCUACUUGCAAUCUCACCAGCAGAGUGUCACGGCUAUCCUGGCGUAUUUGGUACAAUCAUGUCACGACGAAAUCCCACCGGAGGAGCUCCUGCCUAUUGUCAAGAGUAUUGCGCACAACUUCGUCACGGAGAGAUGUUCGUCCGAAGUGAUUGCUGUGGGUAUUAACUCUCUACGUGAACUGUUCCGCCGCGUGCCGCUUUUGCUGGAAUGCGAGGGAAUGGACGUGCUAGUGAGCGAUUUAGUCCAGUACAAUCGUGCACGCGACAAAACUAUCGUCAUGGCAGCGCGUGGUGUGCUCAAUCUCAUUCGUGACAUUCAUCCGGCUCUGCUUAAGCGCAAGGAUCGCGGCAAGUUUCACAAUGAAGCUGCCAAGCCUCAUCGCUACGGUGAACUGGUGGCAAGCGAAGGCGUGGAUGGUGCCGAUCUGCUGGCGGAAGCUGAAGCCGCUGGACGCUUUGAUGGCGAAGACAACAAGGACGGAUGGGAGGUGGCAUCGAACACAUCGGACGAGGAUAACUCUGAGGACGAGUGGGUUGAUGUUUCAUCCGAUGAAGAAGACAAUGAGCGCGGAGACAAUGGCGAUGCAAAUGAAGAUGAUGCAGAGGAAGAAGAGAGCAGCGAGGAGGCCCCACAGAUUGAGCAGAAGGAUCGCUUGGACGCCCGUCGUAUUUUGACGCCGCUCGAUUUUGAACGCAUUGAGAUGCUAAAGAAAGAGCGUGAUGCAGCUUUGAAGGACCCGAAGUCACGCAGCAAGCGCAAGGCCGAGGAGGAUGCUGCCAAAGCCAGCUCGGAUGCAACAAAGGUUAAUCCGACUGAUCUCGAGGGCUACUCGAAGAAGAAGCGCAUGACUCAAGAGGAACGACUUCGCGUCGUCCUCGAAGGUCGUGAGGACUUUAAGCACAAACGCUCAGGCGGUGGUACUACCAAUACGGAGAAGAAGCGCCUGAAGCACUUCAUGAUGAUCAAGAAGAGCAAAUCUGUGCAGUCGAAGGUGCUCGUAUCUGCUCGCCAGGUGCAGCGCCAGAAGAAUCGCGUAGUCAAGAAGAUUCUAAAGCACGACGCGAAGAAACGUCGCAAGAUCUAGUCAUUGCGACGUUCAGUAGAUGCAUCCUUGGUAAUGUUUUUGAAAAGAAAAAUGCUCGAUAUCAACAGAGUUUUGCGUUACCGGACGAUCUGCAAAAGAACAC